AUGAGUGAGGAAGAUAUUAUUGAGCACACAGAAAUAUGGUCCUCCCCUUCAAAAGGAGGCACUUCUACUAGUGCAAUAACCACUGCAUCAUCAACCUUUUUGCCAACGUCUUCAAGAAAUCUUGGAUCCAUAAGGAAAAGUCCAAUUAAGAAGCAAGCAGGUGCAGGUACAAUUACAAUGAGGCGUACAAAGCGAAAGCUACUUGAUCGUAUCGAAGUCUUAUCGAAAAACUCAAAGGAAGAGUCUGAGUCUGAAAAGUCUGAAUCUACUCCUAUUCUUAAACCUGCUAGAAAGAGGGGCAGACCAAGAAAGAUACCUGAGCCAGAUAUUAAGCCUGAAGCCUCUUUUGAGAUACCUAAUUCCCCAUUUAUUGAGAAUAAAAAAUCACAAGAAGCUACAGAUCCGAAUUGCAAUUUACUAAACUCAUCAUUAUCACUCGAGAUACCUAGUAUUCCUGCACAACAAAAGGAUACUCCAUCGACUAGAGAUCGAAGUGAAUCCCCAGUUAAGUUAGAAUCGAGUUUAUCUACGCAUCAUGAUUUUACAUCUCCUCUAAAACAAGUAAUUUUAGAUAACUUGAAGGAAUACAAAGGUAACAUAUCUCCAACAAAAUUCACUCUUAAUAGAAAUUUCAUUCCAACACCAGUCCCACCUAAAACUAAGUUUAAAGGUAAAACUGUAACAAUAAAUAGAAGGUCACAAGCUAGCACAUUUUUUGAUACCUAUGAGGGUUAUUUUGACCAACGUAAGUCCUUGAGAGUUAAGUUGUCAAAGAACUCAUUAGCUCAAGCUCAAGAAAUCUCGAGACAAGAAUUUUCAAUUAUCACUGACUUAUUUGGUAAUAAUUUGCAUAAAUCAGCACGCGAUAAGUUACGAUCUUUACAAGAGAAGAUGUUCCCACAAUUUUGGUUAGAAUUAAAUCAGGGGUUUUCUUUGUUAUUUUAUGGUGUGGGCUCUAAAAGAUUGUUAUUAGAAGACUUUGCAAUAAAAUAUCUUUCUCCAAAAAUUACUCGUUUAACAGCAAAAACCAACCUUAACACUAAGGAACAUCCUGUUGGGAAGCUACAAAAAGGUAUUCCUUGUUUAGUAAUCAAUGGCUAUAACCCUACAUGCAAUUACCGAGAUAUAUACCAAGAGGUAUUAAAACUGUUACAACCUGAGCAGGAACUAAGUAGAAGUGAAACAAAAUUUUGGGGUAAUCAUGUACUGCUUCAUAUUCAAAAGCUAAUAGAGAUUUACAAAACAGAGCCUCCAUUAAUAAAACUUAUUAUUGUUGUUCAUAAUCUAGAUGGUCCUUCUGUACGCAAAGUAGCUUUCCAAACUAUGCUAUCAUAUCUAUCACGUAUACGACAAGUAGCCCUUAUUGCAUCUACGGAUCAUAUUUACGCUCCUGUUCUUUGGGACAAUAAUAGAUCGGAGAAUUUUAAUUUUGUAUUCCAUGAUGUUACCAAUUUUGAAAGCUCAAGCGUGGAAACUUCCUUCCAUGACGUAAUGAAAAUCGGUAAAUCAGAAUCAAGCACAGGUGCUCAAGGUGCUAAAUAUGUAUUGCAAUCAUUAACUGUUAAUUCCAAGAAACUAUUUAAAUUGUUAAUUGAAUGCCAAUUAUCAAAUAUGGAAUCACACAUGGCUAACACAAAGGGUGUUGUUCCACCUAGCAAGAAGGGUACACCAACUGUGGGUAUUGAAUUCAAAAUAUUUGCUCAAAUGUGUGCAACUGACUUUAUUGCUUCUAGUGAUUCAUCCCUGAGAUCUAUGUUGAGUGAAUUCGUAGAACAUAAAAUGGCAACAGUAAGCAAAAAUAACGUUGGGACAGAAUUAAUAUGGAUACCAUACGGUUACGCAGAAAUGGUGAAGCUGUUAGAAUCUGUCCUAAAGGAUAUAUAA